AUGUGGUCAUCAUCCUCGACUUCAGACGUCGAUCAGCUGUUUCCUAGACGUCCACGACGCGUUUCCAGUAGCUCAGCACCUUCUUUAACAAGUCGAAGUAGUGCUACUAGUUGUUUCGAGCAGCGUAGGCGCGAUUUGCCGCCUCAUUCGGUCAGUACAGGCAGUUUAUGGGCGUUCAACGGGUCUUCCACACGUUCAGGAUCGUUUUACUCGUCAUCAGCAGAUUCUACAGGCUAUCAAGGAGUAGAACCAUCUUCUCUAGUAAUUGAGGAGCCAAACGAAGGUCUUUCGAAACUUGAGAGUGGCGUCAAAGCUGCAGAUCAUGGAGUUAUUGGGUCGUAUCCCAGUGUUGAAACUACGGCCAGAAUGCUAUGGAAUCGACCAGAGAGAGAGGAAGAAGAACGAGAAGAGGAGGCUCUGCCUUCGUAUCUUAGCUAUCUACAGGCUUCAUCAUUUACAGGGGACGCUACAGCUGGAGGAAUACCGACUACGGCAUCUUUUAACCCAGUGACGGCUUUAGACCCGACAAGUGAUGAUCAGAUGGAGACAAAGAGCAAGGAAUUGACACGUGCACUGCAGAGCUUUAUCUCUAUGCAGAUACAGGGAGAGGUGUCGACAUCGUCUGCACUUACAAAAAAUUCUGGAGGAGGAUGCAAAUGUGAAAAACGUGUAGAGGAGUUGGAAAAGCAGGUAAAGGCAUUGUUUGCUGCUCAGAAAGAGGAGAGAAACUCUGCUACAAUGAAGGAGACGGGGAAUGCUUUAAGUGACCGAGUAUCGACACUAGAAGGUAGACAAAGUGCUUUUCAGUCGCAACUGGCGCAGAUAUCCAAAGUGCUUGGUGUGCCGGUAGGAAAGCACGGCAAAAGUAGUCAACUGAAGACAUUGGUGCAGACGCUACACACAGAGAUUGACACGAAGGUUCAGGAAGCCAUUGCCAAUAUGAACGCUGCGUGUGUUGCCGGCGCAACGACGCACGCAGAGAAACUGAAUGCUGAAGCAGCUGAUAUACCUUCGGCGUCAUCUCCUACUAGGGAGUCGUUGGCGCCGUCUAGCCACAAUGAGAAGAAGGAAAAGCAGAAUUCCAACGACUGCGAUUCUAUCCCAAUAUCUUCCCUCUCAUUUUCAACUGUGCUAAAUACUCUGGCGAAAGAGCACGAGGCUUCGUUGAUGAAGUUGAACACGCAUUUUGACGAGCGCUUGCGUCUGGAGGGUUCGCAACGCGUUGCUUUGGAGGGACGCGUGCAAGCACGUCUAGGAGAGCUAGAGGAAUGGUUUCAGCAGGUUGAAGGCGAGAUCAGUGGCUCACGUUUCGAACAGACUCCAUCGUCGUCGAUCGCUGGCAUGGCAGAUGAGAUGACUAGACUUGAGGCCAAUUUGGCGAAAAUGGAAAUUGCUUGGAAGCAUCAGCAGCAAGAAGUGAAGGAACUAUUUGCCAAAGUAGAAAAGCUGCCAAAUCUCGAAGAUCUUCGCACUCAAUUGGACCAGCAAAACGACGACGUAAAUGUGUUACGUAAAAACCUGGAUAUAAUUGCUUCAUCGACUCGUGAAGAGACUCGUGCAGUUGCUCGUAUUUCCGAGGGACUCAAGUUGAUCGUGGAAAAACUGAUGCGUGAUACGGGUUCUGCUGAAGAACUAUUGCAGCAGUAUGUGAGCACAAUCACACACCAAGUGGCUAGCGUAACUCGGCAGUACGUUUCGGUCAGGAUCCGAGACAAUAACCGACUGUUGGACGCCACGCUGCGUGCCAGGAUACCAGACUAUGUUUCGAAUGAGAGCGAAAGCUUUUUGUUAGUGCAUCCAGAUCGAAAGGAAGAAGGCGACGGUCAUAAUCUUGGGACUGAGGUGGUUCAUGAGCCAGAUGAGGAUGAGAAUGUCAGCUUUGUGCUGUGUGAGGAUGACGGGGCCGGGGUCCGAUGCGUUCUGACCAGCCAGCAUGGAGCAUCAAAGCCCAACACCAUUAGCACCAGUGUUAACUCUGAUGCUAGUGCUGUUGAUGCUGCUGCAGGUCCGACGGCAUCAUCGUGA